AUGAACUCUGCAGGCAGCAGCUGCGAGUCCCCCAACUGCAUGAGGGGCGAUGGUGUGCUCAGCCCCUACACCGAAGGCCAAGGCAAGAAACAGGAUGGGGUGCAGAAGGAUCCCAGCAACAGUAACCUGGCCUAUGGCAUCCUGGAUAGCCCACCGUGGUAUCUCUGCAUCUUCUUGGGGAUCCAGCACUUCCUCACAGCCCUGGGGGGCCUCGUGGCUGUGCCACUCAUCCUGGCCAAGGACCUGUGCCUGCAGCAUGACCCUCUGACCCAAAGCUACCUCAUCAGCACCAUUUUCUUCGUCUCAGGCAUCUGCACCCUCUUGCAAGUGUUUUUAGGGGUCAGGCUGCCCAUUCUUCAAGGAGGGACCUUUGCCUUUGUGGCUCCCUCUCUGGCCAUGCUCUCUCUUCCUGCCUGGAAAUGCCCAGAGUGGACUCUCAAUGCCAGCCAGGUGAACACCAGCUCUCCUGAAUUCAUUGAGGAGUGGCAGAAGAGGAUCCGAGAGCUGCAGGGCGCUAUCAUGGUAGCUUCCUGUGUCCAGAUACUGGUGGGUUUCUCGGGCCUCAUCGGCUUCCUCAUGCGCUUCAUCGGCCCCUUGACCAUCGCGCCAACCAUUACCCUUGUGGCCCUGCCUCUCUUUGAUUCUGCCGGCAGUGAUGCUGGGAUCCACUGGGGGAUUUCUGCCCUGACCAUCUCCCUCAUCGUGCUCUUUUCUCAGUACCUCAAAAACGUCAUGGUUCCUGUGCCGGUUUAUGGAAGAAGGAAGAAGUAUCACAUCGCCAAGUUCAACCUGUUUCAGGUCUUCCCUGUGCUGCUAGCUCUGUGCCUCUCGUGGCUCUUUUGCUUCGUGCUCACUGUCACCAACACCCUCCCCGAGUCCCCCACGGCAUAUGGAUACAUGGCCCGUACAGAUACCAAAGGCAGCGUCCUGAGCCAGGCCCCCUGGUUCCGCUUCCCUUACCCAGGGCAGUGGGGCCUCCCCACCAUCAGCCUGGCUGGAGUCUUUGGAAUCAUUGCUGGAGUGAUCUCUUCCAUGGUGGAGUCGGUGGGUGAUUAUCACGCCUGUGCUCGGCUGGUUGGGGCCCCGCCCCCUCCGAAGCACGCCAUCAACCGUGGCAUUGGCAUUGAGGGUCUUGGCUGCCUGCUGGCAGGGGCCUGGGGGACCGGGAAUGGUACCACGUCCUACAGCGAGAACGUCGGGGCACUGGGCAUCACCAGGUUCUGCACAUCUUCAUGUACCCGAAUCCUCCCCUUCUGGCCCAGGAUAGACCACCACAGAGACGAGGUGGGAGUGAGCCAGCUCACUCUGUGCUCCCAGACCUCCUCUGGAAAUCACCUGUGGAGUGCUACAGAAACCAAGAUGUGA